AUGUGGCUCGUGUCGUGCGACGACGACGGCGACUGGCUUCGUGGCAAGCGAGUCUGGCUGCGACCAGGCGCCACAUACUUGUUCGGACGCACGACCGGCAAUGCGAAAGGGCCCGACGGCGAGCAGAUCGCCUACAUCAAUCACAACGCCGUUUCGCGAAAGCACCUGCUUGUUCACAUUGGACACGUCGCGCCUGGUGCCAGCGCUCGAGUAGACGUCCGAUCCUCAGUCACGCUCACCGACGCCUCCAAAUCAGGCACCGACAUCAAUGGUGCAAGUCUCGUCGGCCAGUCGAUGACCCUGGACGGCACCGAUUUCCGCAUCACGCUGGGAAAGAGUCCUGUGAAGCUCAGGCUGCAAUGGCAUCCAGUCGUGCUGACCUUCACCGGUGGCCUUUCGAAAGCGGCUAAUAAGGCCGACGGCACAGCGCUCGCCGAAGCGCGGCAGAAGCUGGAGGCACUGGACGUCAAGCUUGUCACGGAAUACAUUGCGAACCAGACCACACAUGUAGUGACUAAGAAGCGCAAUACUGCCAUCGCGCUCCGAGCAUUCCUCGAGCGCAAGUGGGUAGUUGCAUAUAGCUAUGUGGAUGCUUUGGCCGCGGUAGCUGAGAAGGAUGACCUCGAGCAAGACUAUGAUGGGAAGUGGCCGCAAGAGGCAGAGCACAUCGUUCCAGCAGGCAGUGAGCCGGACCCGUGUCCAGAUGACACGUUGAGACCAAGGCCCGAGCGGGCAACGAUGUUUGAAGGGUACAGCUUUGUGACCUUAGAAGACGGCCAGUAUUCAACACUGUCGCCCGUAAUUGCCGCCGGAGGAGGUAAGAUAUUUCACUACGAGUACAACGCAGGAAAGACCGCAACUCAAGAAUUCAUUGACUAUCUCAAGAAGCUGGCCGGGAAAAGCGAGUCGAGCGGCUUCCUCUUGAGUCAAGAGCCCGCGCCGGGAGGCAUCGUCAUCAUUCGGCCAUCCAACGCGUCUUCUGGUAGAGACCAGCAAUUUAUGAGCGAGGUCGAUACUACCCUGAACCAGCGCUCCAUUGAGCAGAGCGAGCUCUUAAGUGUGAUCCUGCGGCUGGAUGCGAGCAUCCUACGCAAGCCACUGCGCAACGCCAAUACGGCCACUGCAACUGGACAGACUGCUCACGGACUGCCAUCAACAUCUAUUACUGAUUCAUCACCAUUGGGGCUGCCUCCUCGGUCCACUCGGGGCAAUCCUAUCCCACAGCCUGGCCCCGAAGAGCAGCGCCAAGCAGAGGAGCGACCUGCACCUGCAACAAAGCCUCCGCGGAGGACCAUCACGCAAAGGCAGUUCAAAGGCUUCGCAGACUUUGAUGACGAACCCACCUCGCAACCUCCGUCGCAGCAAGCACCCCCUUCACAUCAGCCCAAUCAACCUGAGGGUACAUCACGAUCGCAACCGAACGAGCGUUCACAACGUGAGGCCAGCCUUCAGCAAGGGGCCCAGAAGCGGCCUGCACCUGUCGAAGAUGAAAAGGACAAUGAGACGGAACAACAGCUGCUUGACCGUCUCUUGCCAGGUCAGGCUCUCUACAAGCGUCAGAAAACUGAAGCUGCGGCAAAAGCCAAUAAAGCACCCCCAAAGACAACCAAGGUGUCAGAAGAAGGUCCCGUGAAGAAGACCGAGAAGCCAAAGGGCAAAGGCAAGGCGGAAACCGACCCUGACGCGCAGCUCAAAGCCAGAAUGAUUGCCAACCGUGAGGCUGAGGAGGAAGCCUACCGAAGGGACGACGAUGUCCUCGAUAUGAGCGAAGAGGCUUUGGAGAAAAUCAAAGCUGAAGUCGUGUCAUUCGACCUCCCCGAACGUCCAGCACUACCAGUUCCCACCGAGACUGGGGAAGGUAAGGGCAAAAAUUGGGACCCGCGCUGGGAGGGUCGACCCAACUACAAAAGGUUCCGGCGGAGAGGCACUGAAAAGCCGCGAGAGACAGACUCGCAAGACUCGCAGUCCAAAAUCGUCGUCACCUUGACCGAAUACCGACCCAGGGGACAUGGCGUGGGUGGCGACUACUGGCUUCUCAACGAUGAUGUGGAUUCGCAAUCUCAGUCGCAGUCUCAGUCAAGAUCUGCCAAUGGAGGAGCUGUUAACACUAGCUUCGCUCGUGGUGACAACGACGGAGAGGAGGAAACAGCUUUCCGGCGACGAAUCCGAGUCAGUCGGGAGCAAGACGCCGAUGCGGCUGCAGCGGAUGCAGCAUUCGACUCAAAUGCUCGAGGGGGCGGAACACAGUCGACGCUUGCUACAGAGACACAGCGGCGAGCUGCAGGCAAAAGGCCAGCCACAACGCCGCUUGGUGGAACCGUGAAGAAGGCCAGGCAAGCCGCAGCGACCUCGUCGAGAUUUGCAAAUGUUAGCGAAGAUGACGACCCAAGCGCAUUCAAGAGGAAGCGGCGUUAG